AUGUGCAACCCAGGAGGGCUCACACCAACCGUCCUCUUCCGAGGGUAUGGCCAAUGCUCUGCAGCAGCUCUCUUCGAGUCAGAGUUGGUUUCUUUGCAGGGCAUGGCACAGAAAGAGAUGCUGGGCACCCCCCUGGAAGGGAUUCAUCCCACCUAUGUCUACAAGGUGGUUCUGCUGGGGAGCCCAUCAGUGGGAAAUUCAGUCCCGGCCCACCAAUACGUGAAAAAUGUCUUCAGGGAGUCGCUGCCAACCGUGGGAUGCUGCUUCUUCACAAAGACGCUCCACCUGGAAGUAGCCACCAUCAAGUUUGACGUCUGGGUCAUGGCAGGCCAGGAGACAUACCGCAGUGUCUGCUGCCUCUACCUCCGGGGCGCCCACGCCGCUCUCCUCGUUUACGAUAUCGCUAACAAGGAAACACUCAGCAGGGCGAAGCUGUGGCUGAGGGACCUGGAGAAGGAAUUCCUUGCUGAUGAAAUUGUCAUCGCUUUGGUGGGCAACAAGCCAGACCUCGCUGCUGAGCGAGAAGUCACCACAGAGGAGGGGGAAGAGUUUGCAAGGACCAAAGACCUCCUGUUCAUGGAGACAUCUACAAAAUCCAACCACCAAGUAAACGAUAUCUUUAUGGCCAUAGCCCAAGAACUCCUGAAACGGGAACAAAAGAAGGCAUCUGCCAGGUCAACAGCUGACCUGCGGGAGAGCAGGACGAGGACGUGGUGCUGCCAGCUUUGA